AUGUCGUCGUCUAACGGCCGUGCGGCCGGGCAGUCCGCCGCUGAUGAACCCCAGAGGGAAGAUGUGUCCAUGGUAGACUAUGGGUCGCAAGAUGACUCUCGCAUCUCUACGCCAGCCACCAAGAGACCGGCUGCGGAUAUGGGAAGCGAUGAACACGAUACUGCAAUGCAGACACAGUCGUUCACAUCCUCGGAAGACACGCCAAACACUACGGCAAACAAGAAGCAGAGCGAACGUCAAAACCGCCAUCAGCGUGGUUCAUCUGUGGAUAUGGUUGGAAAGGAAACCGAGGCUGGAUCAGCAAAGGGAAGCUCGAAAAAUUCUUCUGAAGCCGGCGGUUCGGCUUCCGAUAAUCUCUAUCCUUCACCGUCAACCAUGUCGACCUAUACCGCUUCCAAUAGUGAUCAAGCCCAUUCUUCGCAUUCUUCACAUGAUAACCCGUCCAUCGAUGAGCAGGUGGCUGCAGUGAUGCAGCGGAUGCAGCAGAACCCCACAGAUAAACAAAAGGGCUAUGUCAUCUCGGCCACUUGGCUUAACCGAGUUCUCUCGCGCAGCACAACCAUCCCACGACUUGAUAAAGUUGAUAAAUCGGCCUCGGAAGGUGAAAUCGGGCCUGUCGAUAACUCGGACCUUGUUCUUGUUACUGACCCGGACACCAUUUUCAACGACGAAGCUGGCAAACCUUUCGUUCCCAUGCGUCCGGGGCUUCAGAUGGGCGAAGACUACGAAAUAUUGCCAGAAGAAGCUUGGAAUUUAGUGAUGGAGUGGUAUGGAUUGUCAAAGGACUCACCUGCUAUCGUUCGAUAUGCGCAUAAUACAAACACGGAGGGGGAUAUGGAGCAUAUUCAAUACGAGCUCAAUCCUCCGAUAUUCUCUAUCUUAAAGUUGUCUCCCAAUGUCACCCUCGCAGACAAAUCACGUCCCCCUGUGAGGUUUCUCGCCAGUCGACAUACUCCGUUCCAGCAGUGGCUAAAAACAGCGAAGAACCUUGCAUCAAUCGACAUGUCGACAAAGACUCGCGUGUGGAGGAUCCUAGAGGGACUUGGUAGCUCUACCAAUGUAACUCCGGACGCGUCAAGAAGUGCGUCCCCAGCACCCGGAACCACUGUAACCGCAAAGAUUCCGACAUCCAUGUCGCUGAGUAUUGAUAGCUUUGUGGCUCUCGCCGAAGGCUCCCAGCGAGAGCUAGUUGAUGUCAAAGACCAAACGUCAAAUCCAAAGAACAAUGGCAAGACUUCAAUUCAUGUCAUUGGGCUAGGAAGUGACAAUGUCAUUGUUCUGGAGGAACAAGUCGGCGGACCUGCUGGCGGAGAAUGGCUGUCUGAAACCUCAAAGUCAAACGUCAAUUUGACAGUCGGUGCCGGUAAGGCAAGCGUCCAAAAUCGGUUAAAGGCCAAGAGCGGCACAGGCAGUGGAAGAACAUCACCUGCUCCCUCUAUCGUUACCCGAGGACGACGACGUAAGGAUGGCAAAGCCCGCGGAGUCACUGGUCUUAGCAACCUGGGUAAUACUUGUUAUAUGAACUCGGCAUUGCAAUGCGUGCGCAGCGUUGAGGAACUAUCACAUUACUUCUUGCUGGGCGAAUAUAAGAAGGAUCUAAACCCGAACAACCCCUUAUCCCAUAAUGGAGAUGUCGCCAAAGCGUAUGCUAAUCUCCUGCACCAAAUAUUCGACGUACAAGGCUCCGCAUCUUUCGCACCUCGAGCAUUCAAAGUUACUAUCGGCAGAUACGGCCCAUCGUUUUCUGGUUAUGGCCAACAGGAUUCACAAGAGUUCCUCCUUUUCCUCCUAGAUGGGCUGCAAGAGGAUUUAAACAGGAUCCAAAAGAAGCCAUACAUCGAAAAGCCGGAUUCCACCGAUGAAAUGGUUCAUGACAAAGCAGCUCUACAGGGAUUUGCUGACAGAUGUUGGGAGAUCUACAAAGCCAGAAAUGACAGUGUGAUUACGGACUUAUUUUCAGGAAUGUACAAGUCCACUGUGGUUUGCCCAACCUGUGACAAAGUCAGCAUUAUUUUUGAUCCAUUCAACAAUUUGACACUCCAGAUACCGAUCGAGAAUACAUGGAGCCACAAGAUCAUGUUCUUCCCUCUACACAAAGCGCCUGUGUAUGUGGAUGUGGAUAUCGACAAGAACUCAAGCAUCAAAGCUGUGAAAGAAUACGUUGGUAGAAAGAUGGAUGUGGAUCCAGCGCGCCUUGUGAUGGCGGAAAUAUACAAGCACAAAUUCUACAAGCAAUUCGACCAUUCUCAGAGUAUUGCCGACAACCAGAUCAGCGAUUCUGACGCCAUUGCCAUGUACGAGCUAGACAGCGUCCCCACCAGUUACAACCCUGAUAAACCACAGCGAUUCCGAUUCACGUCAGAAGAGCCGACCGGCUUUGACUCAGUUAAAGGUGAUCGAAUGUUGGUCCCAAUCUAUAACCGCAGCAGAAACCGACGCGGCUCUUACAACCACAGCCAACGAUCAUUAUUUGGAGUACCGCUAUAUGUAGUUAUCACGCGUGAUGAAGCAUAUGAUUAUGACACGGUACUACGUAAAAUUCUAUCAGGAGUCGCAAAUCUCACUACUCGUGAUAUUCUCCGAGAGGAUGAUGGGUUUGGUGUAAUGAGGACCAACUCCGCAGAAGAUUCAGAUACCGUCGUCACUAAUGAGGAAGAUACCCAGCCGUUUGAUCACCCAAUCAAGGCCGACUCUGUUGAGGGAGAAGAUGGGCUCGUUGAUGUAUCCAUGCGUGAUGCCGACAACAUCUCUUCCCAAGCGGGAGUGGACGCAAACUGCAAGGGUACGGAUAACCUCCCUCCCGUUCUCCAACCUGGUAGCUUUAUUCCACCAAUGCUUCGAAACCUAUUUGACGUUAGGUACAUUGGGACAAGUGAUACCGAGCCUACUGGAUUCUCUACAAUCAACGAAUCUCGCGAUUACCCCUUGAUGCGGUCCCGCGUCCCUGAAAAUAUAGGUAGACGAGCCGCGGAGCAACGAAAAGUCGACUUCAGGCGGCCAUCAAGCAACGAAAGUGCAGUUAGCAGUGAAGAUGAAUUGAGUGGCCCAGCGCAGCCAAUGAACGUGAUGCGAGCACGGGCAGAUGAUGACAUGUCCAACAAUUCCAGCUCUGCCGAGACCAAAGACGACAGCGCCUCUGAAACUGACUCCGACCGCAUGGCGGAUGCAACGAGCCUAUUACGAACGGGCAAGGCGCAGAAACGUAAGCAGGCAAGCUCACAGCGUAAUCUUCCCUUCAUCAAACCUGGCGACGCAAUCGUGUUAGACUGGGGCGAAGAGGCAUAUGAUGCCAUCUUCGGCGAGGAAUGGAGUGAUGAUGAUGAGGAUACUCUGCGAGGCAAGCCGACCUGGAAGCACGUUCCAAAUCUAGCCGACCCAGAAAUCACGUCCAAGCGCCAGCUUCGAUCAAAGAAGAAGAAAAGAGGCAUUACCCUGGACGAGUGCCUAGACGAAUUUGGCCGCGAGGAAAUUCUAUCUGAGAACGAUGCAUGGUAUUGCCCCCGUUGCAAAGAACAUCGACGUGCCAGUAAGAAGUUCGAACUCUGGAAAUCGCCUGAUAUCCUGGUAAUGCAUCUGAAACGCUUCAGCGCCAACCGAAUCUUUAGGGAUAAGAUUGACGCGGUUGUCGACUUUCCACUUGAGUUAGAUAUGACUGGCAGAAUUCAGAUGCCGGAAGAAGGCGAAAGCAUGAUCUAUGAUCUUAUUGCUGUGGACAACCACUAUGGUGGUCUAGGCGGUGGACACUAUACUGCCUAUGCCAGAAACUUUGUCGACGGCAUCUGGUAUGAAUUUAAUGACUCUCACGUGACCAUGAAGCGCGAUCCUACCAGCGUAGUGACCAGCGCAGCAUAUCUACUGUUCUACCGCCGACGGUCGACUCGCCCUUUAGGCGGCGAUUUUUUAGCCAAGUUGACCGAGAUGGCGCACGACCGAAACAGCGACUCUGAAUCGGCAACGGAAUCUCGCUCUGGGUCACCCCCAGCUUCGGGCUCGGGUUCGGGGGAAGGCAAGCGUCUCGGUGGGCUCUCCCGCAAUGGGUCGUCGAGCGCUUUACGAGGAGCCGCAGCAACUCGCCAGUCGGGAGAUGGUGGUUUGCCAACAGGAAUCCAAGCGAAGAGUGAUGAUGAGCCGCCGGAGUACUCUCACCUCCCCGUCAGCGGCGAGCGGAGCAUUCGCCUCUCUCAUCUAGAAGGUAUGGAUGAGGAGGAAGAAGAAGAAGAAGAAGACGAUGAAGGGUUUGACGGGACGUUCCAGGCCGGCAGUGCCAUCUUCGCACAACAACCUAGCUGGUCCUACGACCGACUUGCCAACCGCGAGGAAGAUGAGAUGUGCAGCACCUUUGCCGCUCCUCCCGGCUCUUAUUACGGAGGAGACGAUAAUGACGACGCGGCCAGCACCCAGGCAGAACGAGGGGAGGGCGACCUCAGCGAGUUCGACAGAGCGUUCGACAUGGACGCGGCCGACGACACGGGAAUGGUAUUUACCAGCAUUCUUGAUGACAAUGAUAAUGAGAACCACGGGGUUAUUGAGAAUAUCCGACCUGACCUCGACAAUGAUUUUGAUGAUAGCCCAGCCGUGAUAGAGGUGCGAGUUGGCGAUGAGGAGUUACAUUAG